UUGAGAUCGAAAGAGGAAGUUUAAAACAUUGACGGUGUAACAAUAUUACUUUUUAAAAUCAAAAUGGACAGAAAGUUUCUUGACGAGUUAAACAGGAAGCUUAUGGUUAAACAACCUACGAGAAAGUGCCCAGAGUCAGACGAUGAAGAGACCUACGCCAGGCCGUCGGAUCGGGCGAAUCGGGAAAGGGAACCAUCUUACCAACUCGCGGAUGGAGACGAAGUAGAAGGACGUUCGGUUUUUCGAAAUUCUCCCAAAAGAGAUGACGAGGAGAGAGGUGCAUCUUCAAGGCUUUCCAGACGAUCAACUUACCAACUAUCACAUCAAAAAGCAGCAGAAAGACCUUCGGAUGCUCGACGUCUUCUUAAUAAGGAUGCCAGUAGGGGUGCGUUGUCAAGGCCUUCCUGGCGACCAAUUAACAAACCCACAGAUGGAGAAGAAGGAGGAGGACGUUCGGCGUUUCGAAUUUCUCCUAAGAGAGAUGACGAGAGAGACGCGUUCUCUUGGCCUUCCUGGCGAUCAACUAACCAACCAUUAGAUCAAGAAAAAGCAGAAGGACAUUCGAAGUCUCGAAAUCUUUCUAAGAAGGAUACCAAGAGAAGUGCGUUAUCAUGGUCUUCCGGGCGACCAACAUACCAUGUCACAGAUGAAGAAGAAGAAGGAUGGGGACGUUCGGAGAUUCGAGUUUCUCUUCAGAGAGACGACGAGAGAGACGCAUUUUCAUGGCCUUCUAGCAAAAGACUGGUACAAUCCAAAGUUAAACCGAAGGCUGAAUUUCGAUUGGCGAGUAACAGAACCAAGGCAAAAAAUACAAUAGUAACUGCAGCCAUAGACUUUGGAACUACUUACACUGGAUAUGCAUUUUCGUUCAAACACGAGUUUAAAAAAGACCCUUUAAAGAUAAACGCGAAUGAGUGGAGAAACGUUGAUCAGGGGCAAAUGAAAUGUAAAACGCCAACAUGUCUUUUGCUCAAUGCAGAUAGAAGCUUGAAUUCGUUCGGACAUGAAGCUAAACUUCAAUACAAAGAAAUUUGUCUUGAUAAGAAAGAAGACAAGUAUUACUUUUUCUGGAACUUCAAGAUGACACUUCAUCAACAGAAGGAAAUCAAAGGUGACUUCAAUAUAAAGGCACAAAACGGGCACAGUAUCGAUGCACUUACGGUGUUCAGUAGGUGUAUAGAGUACCUGAAGAAUCAUAUGAUGGAAAUUCUGACAGGUUCUGUAGCGAAACUUAAUAUCUCAGACGUCACCUGGGUUGUAACAGUACCGGCGAUAUGGAAUGAGUCUGCAAAAAAGUUCAUGCGAUUAGCAGCUGAGAAGGCAGGACUUCCUAAGAAUCACAUCGAAAUUGCACUCGAACCAGAAGCAGCGUCUUUAUAUUGCCGACAAUUACCUAUUGCAAAAGACCCAGAAACGGAGAAUGGUGUUUCCAAACUUCCUGUUGAAUCACAGUAUAUGAUCCUGGACUGUGGCGGAGGAACGGUAGAUGUUACAGUACAUGAAGUUUUGUCCAACGGUAGGCUCAAGGAACUUUAUGCUGCAACAGGAGGGAAAUGGGGCGGUAUGGUUGUCGACAAGAAAUUCUUGAGCUUUAUUGCCGAACUAGUUGGCGACCAGGUUUUUGAAUCAUUUGUAAAAGAUAACAAAGACGACUACUUCGAUCUUCUUGACGACUUUGAAACCAAGAAAAGAGUAGCUGGUCCGAGUUCUUCGUCAACUAUAACGAUUAAAAUUCCAACCACUUUGCAAGAGCAACUUCGAAGGUUUUCCAAUCGCGAUCAUGGGAAAAAAGAUGUCGAUGCGCGGGAUAAAACCAAGGUGAGGUUUAUGGGAGAUAAACUGCGCAUAGAUGCGAAACAGUUUAACUCGUUCUUCGACGAAGCAGUAGGUGACAUUGUAGCGCACGUUCAUGACUUACUAGAGUCACUGUCUUAUAUAAACAUCAAAACAAUUAUCAUGGUUGGAGGGUUUUCUGAGUCGCCUGUUCUGCAAAAUGCAAUUCGAGCUGCAUUUGGUCGGGACAGGGAAAUUAUAAUACCACAAGACGCAAGCCUUUGUGUUAUGAAAGGAGCUGUGCUUUUUGGACAUCAGCCAUCAAUCAUAGCCGAGCGAAAGGCGCGUUUUACGUUUGGGUUUGCUAUGGUUAAACAUUUUAAUAGAUUUAAGCAUCCAGAGGAAAAGAAAAUCGAAAUCGAUGGAGAGGCACUUUGCAAUGAUCUGUUUGACAAGCAUAUUGAAAUUGGAGCAGCUGUGAAGUACGGAGAAACACAGGCAGAAAAAUUAUACUUUCCUAUGUCGCCCAACGAUACUGUGUUUCCCGUUGCCCUUUUUCGCUCUACCGAUCCGAAUCCAAAAUUUGUUGAUGAAAGAAGCUGUGACUGUGUUGGAUAUUUCUUAGCGAAACGCCCUACUGAGAGCAUAGGUUCCAUUAACCAGAUCAGAAUUCGGUUGAUACUAGGAAAUUCCGACAUCAGCGUGGAAACCGUGAAAUGUGACGGGUCCGUUGAGAAAAGCGAUUUCAAGAUAAAUGAAACUUAAAUAAAAUUAUUCGUUCGAACGCAUAGGGCAUUACGAUAUGCUUUUCGAUAUACAUAAUUUAAGUAUGUUUUGUUUUAGGACGGAAAGAUAAUGUUUACUUAUAGACUGGUACAUGUGUUAACUGCUUGUAGUUAAUAUGUUAUAGGAACAUCAUGUUCAAUAUAUUUAAAUUCCCAUGUGUAUAUUAUCGAUCUAGAAAGACUGUGUUAAUAUUGUAUGAGCAAGGAGUGGUUUUGCUUGCAGUGUUUAGUAGAGCACUCUGAUGGUGAACAACAUUAAAAAUAUCAGCUAUUCUUUAACAACAAUUUAUCAGCAGCAAAAGACGUCACAAUGUUUAUAUCAUGAUGGAUAAAUAUUUAAUAUAUAUAGCAUAUAAUGAUAAAUCACAUAUUGUUUUAGAGCGGUAUUAACGCAAGACGGCACGCUUGCACAUUUUCAAGAAACGCUAGCAUGCUGUAUGGAUUUUCUCGCGCACGUUCGAACAGCAUAAUUGUUUAUUAAACGAAACUAAUUAAUAAACAAAAUUAAACAUUU